AUGUCCUGUGCGCUCCUCCAUAUUUAUACACGUCCCUCUUGCUCCCCGACUGCGUCUGUGCCCCGCCUCACCACCGCUCCCAAUGCACACAUGGUCGCAUCCUCUGUCUGACGUGUCCGACUUUCUGGACCAGGUUCGGAACGCUCAGGUAUUGGCUGUGGAUGUGUCUACGCCGGCGCAAACGCGUCCAUUCGUACCCAUCCACGCUCUUCGACGCUACUUGACCGAGGGCACCAUCAGGAAGCUCUUGGUCUGCUUCCAUCGCUCCACCAACGACUGGAAAGCAAUCCAGCAGGGCUACCUGGCUGUGUUUACCAUCCUCAUCUCUAUUGGCAAAGGCGCUUACAUUACCCACUUCAUCCACUACGACAGCCUUGCCGACGAGCGCCUACCGUUUCGAGGAGCCGACGACUGGCCACCCGAUUGCGUCGAGUUCUUCCAGAAGUUCGCCGACGCGCAAUGGCAGUUCUGCGCCCAGCCACUGCGUAGAGAUCGAUUGAAUGAGACGAGAUACCGGAAGGAGGUUAUUAUACCAAUCAAGUCAAGCGAACCCCUCAAAGUGGGCCCGGACUCCUGCACUUAUAAGGUUGGGAUCUAUCCUGGAUACAACUUCCUCGCGGAGCAGGAUGAAAACGGCAAGCCUUUGACGAACACCUUCGUCCUCAAGACGUGCCGCGAAAAAGACGCCCAAUACCAUCAUAACGAGGUGGAUGCCUACAAAGCCUUGAGGCACCAGAAUGACGUUUCACGCAACAUGGCUCGCUUCUACGGGUCAUGGCACCAGGGUCAAACGUAUUAUAUGGUGCUCGAAUAUGUCGGUGGGGGUACGCUGGUGGAUUUUUUCGAACGAGUCGAGCCUCCUACAAGGAAGGAAGACAUACUGAAGCUCUGGGAGGAGCUGCUGGACAUCGUCAAGCCGGUGGCGCGCAUUCACAAGCUGCCGGACCACGAUAACAGACGGCAGUAUUGGCAGGGGAUCCAUCACGACAUCAAGACCAGCAACAUCCUGGUCUCAGAACCUUUCGGUCCUUCUAGGUUUGAUGUUGUGUUCAAGCUUGCAGACCUAGGCUUGACGGACUUCGAGCUUGCAGUUCAAAAGGGUAAAGAGGUUCGGCGACGUGAUACACAUGGAACCCAAAUGUUUACUGCACCUGAGUAUCACCGGGACGAAGGUGACUCAUUCCUUGAGCGAACCAUUCUCGAUGCGAAACCCAGCAAAGAUAUUUGGUCCCUCGGCUGCGUCUAUAGUGAAGCCGCAGUGUGGUCAGUUCUAGGAAUGGAGGGACUGAAGGAAUAUCAGAGCAAGCGUGCAGCUGCUACCGACCAAGUGCCGAAGCUCCGUUGCACGGCAUACAGUGGCUGCUUCCAUGACGGCGAAAAGGUCCUUCAAGCAGUCAUCGACAUGCAUUUACGCGUUCGCCAGGAACGGCGCCGGAAUGAUUAUGUGGUCCACGAUGUGGUCACCAUUAUCGAGGAUAUGUUAGACGAGGCUCUGUCCCGACCUGAUGCGGUUGAUGUCUACAAACGCUCCCGCAAAGCUCUGAAAACGGCCAAGGCCUGGUCCAACUCCCAGUUGGAGCCUCCCAGCGAUACUUCGUACCCUCCGAUCUUCCGCGAUGACUCAGAUCCAUUUGGAAGAAGGCAGACGCCUCCAGAGAUUCCUCCCGAGAUAGCUGGAACUGGAGCAGGCCUUGGUAUGACGGGUGUUCCUCUGGGUGCGCUUGCCUCAUCGCCUACAAGCGUCCUUAGCAAGGACUUUGGCCCUCAACCUUCGCCAAUUUCACCGUCGUCUUCAAAUUUGACUUCUGAGGAGAAGCAGACCGACCCCUUCGACCAGACACCGCACGCAUCCUAUAAUGGCUCGCCUAUUGCCAAGCGACACCCGCGACCUGCAUCUGAACCUUUCCUAGGCGAAGAUAUCACCAGUUUACCGGACGCAACCCCGAAGGCAAACGGGGCCGGUGCUUCUACCUGGCGGCACUCAACGCCAAAUCCGCAACGUUCUACCCAUGCUCCAUCGCCUAGACCUGUGGACAGUUCAUCUCGUGCCGUCGUUUCUAGUUCGGCGCCUGGGAAUGGGACGGAACGAUCGAAGUUUCCCCACGUCACAAUAGAAGAAGCUUGGAAGUGGAUAGCCCGGACGAAGAAAGGUUCCAACACGACGCCACUUGAAGGACAUGAAUACCUGAAGAGGCUAGCUUCGAGAGACCAGAUCUUUUUGAUCGACGACUCCAUCACCAUGAAGUCGCAUUGGAGCAAGGUCCGGCGAGCAUUCGAAACGCUGGCUUACCUCGUGAAGAAGUAUGAUCCAGACGGGAUCGAAAUUCGAUUCACAAAUACGCCUUCGGAAGAGGGCCGAAGCAAAAACCGUGAAAAGCUACUGGAAAUCCUGGAUCGCAUCACCCCCGCCGGGCAAUGUGACAUGGGCUUGGCCCUGGGCAAGAUCUUGGAGAGGUAUCACCCUGAGCACACCAAACCACAGAAAGGCCUCCUUUCCCGCUGGCGUAAAGAAAAAUGGGGCGUCAAUAUCUACGUUCUCACUGACGCAGUUUGGGAGGAUGAUGAAGAAUGGUUGGAUGGGGUAGUGGAGCCAAUCAAGAGCCUAGUCGACAAGCUGGUCGACAAGGGACUGACGAAGGGACAUGUGGGCAUUCAGUUCAUCCAAUUUGGGGACGAUCCGGUAGGCACGAAGCGCCUCAAAAUCUUAGACAAUGAGUUGGACAAACAUGCUGUAACCAAGGACAUUGUCGACACCGAGCCCUAUGAAGGGAAUCUUUAUAAGAUGCUUCUCGGAUCUAUCGACCCAGCGUGGGACAAAUAUACCCCGAAGAAACCCUCUGGCUCGGGACCAACGCAUCCAUCACCGCAGCAGAGCAAGAACGGCGCUGUGACCUGGUGUUAAUCGGUUCGGCCGGCCAUAAUAGUGACCUGGCCUAGUGAUCUUUGUGUU